AUGGCCGGAUUUGACAGUGACCCGAAAGCUCAUCCAUAUGAGCCUACUCAGAUCUCUGAUGUAGACACUGAGCCACAAACUGCUACCACCACUGAAUAUAAGCGCAACCCGGUCUACUCUCCCAGUGAAUGGCUUUUGGAAUCGAUCAGUUCGAUUCUGGCCCUGUUCCUCCUCAUUGGUAUUGCGAUUAUCUUCUGGUAUAUGGACAACAAGCCUCUCUCUGCCUGGCGCGGCGGCAUCUCUCUCAACGCGACAGUUUCGAUCCUGACAACUGCAUGCACCACGGCGUUGAUGCACGGUGUUAGCGCAUUUAUUGGACAGUCUAAAUGGCUUCACUUCAGGAACGGGCCUCGCAAGCUUACCGACUUUGAAACUUUUGACGGCGCGAGUCGGGGUGUUUGGGGGUCUAUUCUGCUGCUUACCACUGUCAAAUGGAACCUAGCCACCAUCGGUGGAUUCGUCACGAUCUUGCGGCUUGCGUUCUCACCAUUUGCACAACAGGUGGUUUUAAUUGAGCAGCGACCGGUCAUCUCUCCUGCAAACACCGUCACCUUUGGAUAUGCGCACAAUUACACCAUGAAUGAACAUAGUCCGCUUGCUAACUCUGGUAUCAAGAGCAUCCCGCAGGAUCCCCAAAUGCAGUCCGCCAUUUUCCAGGGCCUGUAUGGCGUCAAUACCACCGAACCUUUCAAUUGCCCCGGGGAAUGUCGCUGGACCGACUCAUACAUAUCACUUGGAUUUAAGGCCGAGUGCAGGAACGUCACCCAGGAAACAUUGCAAGCUCCCUCCUGCGAGGGUGGUCGAACUUCGCUGCAACGAUGCAACAUGACAACACCAGGCGGCGUUACCGUUUCAACUAGCUACGCGCAUACCGAUUUGGCGACAGCAUUCUAUAUGAAUGCAUCCUCACUGGUGGAGUUCGACUCAUCAAGAAUUGGGCUGCCACAAACCUUUCCCGAAAUCGCACGGAUAGGAAUCUACAGAUCGAGUCCCGAUUACAAUUUUAGAAUGCUCGACAUCAACGUCACAGAGUGCUCUCUCUCUCUCACGGCCUACGAAUACACGGGUGUCGAGGCCAAUGGUAGCGAUUUCUCUGUGAAGAGGCGAGAGGUCGAUUUCGGCGUGAGGAAUCCCUGGGGCAUCUUGAACGAGAGAAGGGAAAGCAAGUUCCAACACGUGUACACCAACGAGUCAACAAGUGGUGAUAUCCAUAUUCCUGGGCUUGAAAUGAGCUACUCCGGUAUCUACGCAGUGGUAAAUUUCUUCCAGUCCACGACAAUGGCUACUGAGUGGGUCGAUGGGAACUUUGACAAUACGGGCCUUGGUGUCGCCGCUACUCUAAAAGGCGAUGUGGACCUUGGCGACCGGUUCGACAAAAUGGCGACUGCUAUGACGAACUAUGUGCGGUAUGGUCCAAAUACCCAGUCGGCACAUGGAGAAAGAAUUCAGAGUGAGGCAUUUGUUUCCAUCCGGUGGGGGUACUUCAUUGUUCCCAUUGUCACUGAAGGGUUAGCGAUUUUGUUCGCCAUUUUGAGUAUUUUGAGUAAUCGCCGGAGCCGCCGUGUCCCUCUGUGGAAGUCUUCGACGCUUGCUGUGCUGGCUUGCGAACAUAAGGAGCAGCUUGGGCUCCUGCAUACUACGGGCAAAGAUAUUGAUGCAAUUGAGGACGAGGCUAGGAAGGCUAAGGUAGUGCUGCGAUAA